AUCAGAUGCCACCUGCUUAUCACCUGAAGCCAUUGAAGAAAUCAGAAAUGCUCAGAAUAAUAUUCCAGAUGCUCAGCAUAUUAUGUGUAAAAAACAUCAUAUAGAGGCAACGAUAUAUCAAAAAAUUAUUGAUAAUCAGAGGCCUCCUAAACCGACUGAGGAAUGGUGUAGAAUCAUAGAAUCUGUUAGUGUCUCUGAUUAG